AUGAAGACAUUCGUCCUCAUCGCCUUGGUUGGUCUGGUAGCUGCUCAAACCCAAACUGGUGUCACCACCAGAUACUGGGAUUGCUGUAAGGUAUCUUGUGGAUGGUCAGGAAAGGCCUCCGUCAGCGCUCCAGUAACUUCUUGUGAUGUCACCGACACUGCCUUGAACGAUGAUGGUAACACCCAGUCUGCUUGCGAUGGUGGCAGUGCUUACACUUGCUCAACUCAACAACCAUGGGCCAUUAAUGACACUUUGGCCUAUGGUUUUGCCGCUGUUAACAUUGCCGGCCAAUCUGAAUCUGACUGGUGCUGCUCUUGCUACGCUUUGACCUUCACCAGCACUGCUAUUGCUGGAAAGACUCUUGUUGUUCAAGCUACCAACACUGGUGGAGAUCUCGGAUCCAACCAAUUUGAUUUGGCCAUGCCCGGAGGUGGAGUUGGUAUCUACAACGGAUGUACUGCUGAAUGGGGAGCCCCAUCUGAAGGCUGGGGAGCUCAAUACGGUGGUGUCAGCUCGGAAGCCGACUGUACCUCGGAAUUGCCAACUGCUUUGCAAUCCGGUUGUGAAUUCAGAUUCGACUGGUUUGAAGGUGCCGACAACCCAAACGUCAGCUUCGAACGUGUCCAAUGUCCAGCUGCCAUCACCGCCAAGACCAACUGCAUCCGUACUGACGAAUCUUCCUAUCCAUCUUUGAACGUCGGAACUUGUGCCGCCAAGAGAAAGUAA